UAUCACUUUUUAUUAAUAUUCAUUGCAAAUAUUAUAUUUAUACCCAGCUCUCUCUCUCUCUAUAUAUAGACACACACUAAGAGUUUAGGGUUUCUUAGCUCUUGUCGCUGCCAUCCCGCUCUUUCCCCUUCGGCGACUUGCUCUUGCCUCCACCAUUCAGUUACUCGCUUCACACACAACCAGCACAAAUGGGUCGUGUAAUUCGUGCCCAGCGUAAGGGAGCUGGCUCUGUUUUCAAAUCCCACACACACCAUCGCAAGGGUCCGGCAAGGUUCAGGUCUCUGGACUUUGGUGAAAGAAAUGGUUACUUGAAAGGUGUUGUCACCGAAAUCAUUCAUGACCCGGGUCGUGGUGCCCCAUUAGCCCGAGUUACCUUCAGACAUCCCUUUAGGUAUAAGAAGCAGAAGGAGCUUUUUGUCGCUGCUGAGGGUAUGUAUACUGGACAGUUUGUAUACUGUGGAAAGAAGGCUAACUUGAUGGUUGGGAAUGUCUUGCCUCUGAGAUCUGUUCCUGAAGGGGCUGUUGUUUGUAACGUGGAACAUCAUGUUGGAGACCGUGGUGUUUUUGCUAGAGCUUCUGGGGAUUAUGCUAUUGUUAUCAGUCACAAUCCUGAUAAUGAUACCACCAGGAUCAAGCUCCCAUCUGGCUCCAAGAAGAUCGUUCCAAGUGGCUGCCGUGGAAUGAUUGGACAGGUUGCCGGUGGAGGAAGGACCGAGAAGCCCAUGCUGAAGGCUGGUAAUGCUUACCACAAGUUCAGAGUGAAGAGGAACUGCUGGCCUAAGGUGCGUGGUGUGGCUAUGAAUCCUGUUGAGCAUCCUCAUGGUGGUGGUAACCAUCAACAUAUAGGUCAUGCUAGCACAGUCAGGCGUGAUGCUCCUCCUGGUCAAAAGGUUGGUCUCAUUGCUGCUAGGAGAACUGGUCGUCUUAGAGGACAGGCUGCUGCCUCUGCCGCCAAGGCUGACAAGGUUUAAUGAUUUUCAUUGGCGUCAUUGUUUUUGGUUAUUGUCACUGCCUGUUAGAUUAUUUCAGCACUUACUGGGAUGUUUCUAAUGAAAGUUUUGUUUGGAUAUUCAAGUAUCCGACGUCUUUUGUUUUUGACUGUUUUAAGAUAAUAGAUAUUUUGAAUUCGUGCUCUA